AUGCGACGUACACUCUCUACCGUCAGCGUUCUGCUGGCCCUCGCCACUGCGGCUCUUGGAGGUCCCACCUUGAAGACCAGCGUCAACGCCAAGUGUGGUGCGGCCUCUGGAUCCACCUGUCUUGGCUCGACUUUUGGCAACUGCUGCUCCAAGAACGGGUGGUGUGGUAGUACUGACGCCUAUUGUGGAGCUGGCUGCCAGUCCGCGUAUGGCACCUGCACCACUAGCGUCACGACCACCACUACCGGUGGCGGGACUACUGCUCCCUCCACUGGAACCAACCCCGCCGCGCUCAAGAUCAGCACCGACGCCAAGUGCGGCAACGGCUUCACCUGCCAGGGCUCGACGUUUGGUAACUGCUGCAGCAAGAAUGGCUGGUGCGGUAGUACCAACGCCUACUGCGGCAACGGCUGCCAGGGUGCAUUCGGAUCCUGCAAUGGCCAGGCUUCGACAUCGACGUCCUCCACCGGCUCGUCCGCCACCGGCACUCCAAACACCCCGAGCCUCGAGGUCAGCACCGACGCUCAGUGCGGCAACGGCUUCACCUGCCAGGGCUCGGGCUUUGGUAACUGCUGCAGCAAGAAUGGCUGGUGUGGCAGCAGCAAGGCUUACUGCGGGGCGGGGUGCCAAAGUGCCUUUGGACGUUGCGACGGUGUGACGAGCUCCUCGUCUGCCACCGGCCAGACAACGACCUCGUCUUCGACGGCUGCAUCGUUCACAACGACGUCGUCUGCCGCGAGCACCACCACCUCUGCCUCGGCCAGCUCCGCCUCCAGCUCGACUGAAACUUCUUCUUCUGCCUCUGUCUCUUCUGUUCAAAGUUCUUCUUCCGCCACAACCCUCACCUCGGAUGCUGCGACGGCAACCGCGGAUGCCACUACGGUUACCUCUUCGGAGGCUACAACAGUCACCUCCGACGCCACCACUGCCACCUCCUCGGAUGCUACGACCGUAACCGCGGAGACAACUACGGCCACCUCUUCGGAUGCUACCACGCUCACUUCGGAUACCACCACGGCUACUUCGGAUGCUACAACCGUCACCUCGGAAACCACUACGGCCACCUCCGACGCCACCACGGCCACCUCUUCUGAGGCCACGAUGGUCACCUCGGAGGCUACAACAGUCACCUCCGAUGCUACAACAGUUACCUCCGACGCCACCACUGCCACCUCCUCGGAUGCUACGACCGUAACCGCGGAUACGACGACGGUUACCUCCGACACCACUACGGCCACCUCUUCGGAUGCUACCACGCUCACCUCGGAGACCACCACGGCUACCUCGGAUGCUACCACAGUCACCUCGGAGACCACCACGGCCACCUCGGAUGCCGCAACCGUCACCACCCAGACUUCGACGUCCCCCUCAGCCACCCCUUCGGGAGGCUUGCAGGGCUACUCGAACGUGUAUAACGACAACGGCGCAGGUUGCGCUGAACCCGCCGGUUAUUACAACGCGAUUUCGCGAGAGGUUCCAACCGUACUUCCCACGGAUCCAUCUUGGGACCCGUUGAUGGGAGCAAAUUGGUGUAGAUCGUCCUGUGACGCUGACUCCAGCUGCGACUCAUUUUAUGUCAUAGAAUUUACGGGUGGAUCUGGCACUCUUUAUUUUCAGGGGUGUUACUUCCUCGACAAGGCUUUUGACCGAGCGUCUUUAGAGUGUUGGUGGCAAGGCGUGGUUUACUUUGGGGCCGCUUACGACAAGAUCGUCUCCCCGGUGACAUCGGCAACCACGUCAGCCGCGUCGUCCACCGAAGUAACUUCCGCCUCGGAUACUUCGAUCCCAAGCUCGACCGAGACCUCCUCCGCGUCGACCACUGAGACAAGCUCCUCGACGGAAAUCUCGACUUCUGCCACAGAGACCUCGACUUCUGCCACGGAUGUCUCGACUUCUGCCACGGAUGUCUCGACUUCUGCCACAGAGACCUCGACUUCGGCCGCGGAGACCUCCAGCUCUACCGAGACUGCAACAGCCAGCAGCAGCGACAGCACCACUUCCAGCAUCACCUCUGAUGUGCCCACAUCCUCCGCCACCGAGACAUCCAGCUCUACUGAAACGUCCACAGUCAGCAGUAGCGAUGAGACGACCUCCAGCGUUGUUUCGGAUGCUACCACAGCUUCUACCACAGAGAGCUCGAGCGCUACUGAGACCGCAACAGUUGGCAGCGGCGACAGCACGACAUCCAGCGCUGUGUCGGAUGGCCCAACAACGUCUGCCACCGAGACCUCCAGCUCGACUGAAACUGCGACAGUCAGCAACAGUGACACCGCGACCAGCGUCACAUCAGAUACGCCUACAAGCUCGGAGACUACUACUUCAGAGGCAACUGAUACUACCACCGUGGCUCCUACCACCUCGGACGCGGCUACAUCGGCUUCCGAGACCUCAACCGCUGCAGCAACAACCGAGGAGACAUCUACAGCCACCAACUCUGCUACCGCUGAUGCAACUGAUGCUACAACCGCCACCACAGUCGACUCUAGCACCGUCGCUCCUACCACCUCUGAGGCCGCGUCAACAGAAACAUCGACUGCUGUAACAACUGAGGAGACAUCUACAGUCACUAGCUCUGCUACGGCUGAUGCAACUGAUGCUACCACCGUCACCACAGUCGAUUCUAGCACCGUCGUUCCUACCACCACCGAGGCCACAUCAUCUGAAACCUCGACUGCCGUCACAACAACUGAGGAAGCAUCUACAACUGCCAGCUCCGCUACGGCUGAUUCGACUGAUGUCACAACCGUCACCACAGUCGACUCUAGCACCGUCGCUCCUACCACCUCUGAGGCCGCGUCAACAGAAACAUCGACUGCUGUAACAACUGAGGAGACAUCUACAGUCACUAGCUCUGCUACGGCUGAUGCAACUGAUGCUACCACCGUCACCACAGUCGAUUCUAGCACCGUCGUUCCUACCACCACCGAGGCCACAUCAUCUGAAACCUCGACUGCCGUCACAACAACUGAGGAAGCAUCUACAACUGCCAGCUCCGCUACGGCUGAUUCGACUGAUGUCACAACCGUCACCACAGUCGACUCUAGCACCGUCGUUCCUACCACCACCGAAGCCGCAUCAUCCGAAACUUCGACUGCUGUUGAGACCACUGACGCCGCAUCUACAGUUUCGAGCUCCACUGCUGUUGAGACCACUGAGGCUUCGACCGCCACCGCAGCGGAUUCCAGCACUGUGGCUCCUACCAGCUCGGAGACCACUUCAUCUUCUUCUGAAAGCUCGACUGCUGUGACAACGGCGACCUCGGAUGCCGCCAGCUCUACUGCUGUUGUUGAGUCGACCGACACCGCUGUGACCACAACUGUGGCCUCGUCUACAGCUUCAAGCACCAGUGCUGAGCCAACCGAUACUACUGUCACUGUGACAUCAGCUGUGACUUCGGAGGCUGCCACCUCUACUGUCGUUGAGCCCACCCAGACUCCUGAGCCUACAUCGUCAAGCUCCACCACGGCCGCGCCAGAGACCACGAGCACGACGACGUCAGGCACGACGACAUCAGGCACGACGACAUCAGGCGCGACGACAUCAGGCACAACGACCUCUAGCGGCAGUUCCACCUCGACCGUCCCAGCUCAAGUCCUCCCCACCCUCGACGGCUUCGAGCUCACAAAGUUCGUCAAGACCAAGCCAGCAUGCACAAUGUCAGGAAUGGCCACAGUGAGCGUUUCCGGCAGCCUCACGGCCGACAAGGACGCCAACGGAAACUACCCCGCCUUCCUCGAAAGGUGCCGCCAAAAGGCCAGCAACCAGUUCCAAAGCCCCUACCGCCUGGUGGUUGAGGUGCUCGUCCAGGACGGUGCUUUGAAGUGCACGGUGAGGAGCGCUGCGUACAAGGAGAGCGACGUAAAGUGCAACAAGAGCAACGUCGAGUACACGGCCAUCUUCACUCGCCCGGCCCCCGCCAAGAAGGUGCGGAGGGAAAUCGCGGCCAGACGCCCGGCUCCCGCCGUGGUCGACGCCGAGCCCGUGGUCAAGCGUGCGCCUGCUGGUGCCGACAGCAAGCCUUUGGAGCUGACCCAGAAGCGGGCUUGCAUUGGUCGUCUCUGCGUACCAGCUGGUGCCUGGCGAUAA